AUGGAAUGUAAUGAAAAUAUUAAAGAUUCUAGGAACCAAGAAAUCUUAACAUAUAUUAAAUGUGAAGGAGAUUCUCUAAAGAAAUAUAACAAUAAAGAAGUUAAAUCUGAAAUAGACGAACACCACUUUGAAAGUAGUUAUGGACAAGAAUCUUUAUUAGAUGAGUAUUGUUCAAAUGAUAUUAAAAUAGAAAACCAUGUGUUAGAAGAUGUAUCUAAUGAAAUUAAAGUUGAAAUAAAAAAAGAACCAGAACACCACUUUGAAAGCAGUUAUGGACAAGAGUCUUUAUUAGAUGACUAUUGUUCAGAUGAUAUUAAAAUAGAAAACCAUGUGUUAGAACAUGUAUCUAAUGAAAUUAAAGAUGAAAUAAAAAAAGAACCAGCGGAUUAUAGCAUUGGUAGGAAACUCAUUUCUCUUCAUUUUUAA